AUGAUGUGGCUCACCUACGUUAACGAACUCAACGAGCAAGUGCCUUUUGAGCCAAACCGUAGAGCAAAUGAUUCACGCCAUCGUCGUUAUACUUUGACCAAAGCAACGCGGCAGCGCUAUGAUGGGCACAAACUCCACACUACUUACACACUGACGUGGAUUGUUUGCACGAUAGACCCGGCCGGCGCAUGGCCGCAACGCAUCUGCAAAACUUGCUUCAUCGCCAAUAGCAGACCCAACGGUAGCAGUCGCCAGCCACAGUGCCUGAGCGAGAAGCAAGAACAUGCCCCCGCGUCAGUCUGUCCUGUCAAUGUCGUUUCGUUCCAUUCUUCUCAUCUUAUCAUUGGCAUCACCGGUCAUCUUUCGUAUCACAUACCUGGCAAAGACUUGGCCUUGGGUGUAUCUCUAACCGACUGCAGCGAAAUACAUACUGGCAGAUACGUUGCGUUCCAUGGACGAAGGAAAGAACUAGCAACCUUGACGGUGUUGAAACGUUCAUCAUCACGCUGCUACGACGACCCAUUGCAACUACAGGUUGCCCAAUCUUGGCUACCAUUCGGAGAUAACAGCAGUCGUGGCGAUUGUUGCACUUCCGGAAAACCCAUUUUCACAGAGUCUCGUCCCCCAUUCCGAUAA